AUGGCGUUUCCACGUAUUCUGGAACCAGAAGAUGAGAGCAUUCUGUCCCCGUUUGAAAUUAAAGUUCGGCAUUUGCUAUCGUUGAUUUUCCGAUUCAUUCUAGCGGUUUUUACUGCCUCACAUUUGUUUGAUUUUAUGUUUUCAAGCAUCUGGAUGCACGGUUAUGUAUGGACUCUGAACCUUCCGAUUGACCUGGAUAUGACAGAUAAACCUGCUGGUGCUCUCGUCAGACAUCAACUGGAUAAUAUGGACAACUUUGAGAGAACUGUUCAAGCAGUUUUGAUUGUUCUAGCCGUUGUUAUGCUAUUAUUAGCACAAGGAUUCACAUCAAGACCUGGAAAAACUACAUGGCAACUUUUCAAAAUAUCCAGUAUUGUUGGUUUAAUUUGCGGAUUUUUGAGACCUGUCCAGUUGCAACAACGAUUCUUCUCAAGUCUCCACGAAGGAUUUUACUGCUACUUUUUGUUCUUCACAAUUUCUUUUAUUCUAACAGUUCGAUUCGAUGAAAAACUACCGAAGAAGGGAGUUUCAGAAGUUGUAGAAGUUUCAAAAGAAGCUGAAAAAGAGAAAAAAGAUAAUUGA